CACAAUGACAUUGGGUGCGCAGCUGGUGCUGCCGCUGCUGCUGGCGGUGUGGAGCGCGCAGGCGAGUCCAUCGCUGUACACCAGCUAUCAGAACCAGCGCUUCGCGAUGGAGCCGCAGGACCAGACGGCAGUGGUCGGCGCACGUGUAACGCUGCCCUGUCGCGUCAUCAACAAACAGGGCACGCUGCAAUGGACAAAGGAUGACUUCGGUCUGGGCACGUCCCGUGAUCUGAGUGGCUUCGAGCGCUAUGCGAUGGUCGGCAGCGAUGAGGAGGGCGAUUAUUCGCUGGACAUAUAUCCGGUGAUGCUGGACGACGACGCCAAAUAUCAAUGCCAAGUGAGCCCCGGCCCGGAGGGCCAGCCGGCCAUACGUUCCACAUUUGCCGGCCUCACCGUGCUCGUGCCGCCGGAGGCGCCAAAAAUUACGCAGGGCGAUGUCAUCUAUGCCACCGAGGAUCGCAGAGUCGAAAUUGAGUGUGUGUCAAUAGGCGGCAAGCCCGCAGCCGAGAUUACAUGGAUUGAUGGCCUGGGCAACGUACUAACGGAUAACAUAGAGUAUACGGUUAUACCGUUGCCCGAUCUGCGUCGCUAUACGGCAAAAUCGCUGCUGCGCCUCACACCCAAAAAGGAGCACCACAACACGAAUUUUACGUGCCAGGCACAGAACACGGCCGACCGCACCUAUCGCUCAGCCAAAAUACGUGUCGAGGUUAAAUAUGCGCCGAAAGUCAAGGUGAAUGUGAUUGGAUCGGGAAGUGGUAGCGCCAUCAACGCUGCCGCUGUCGCUGGCUCCACCGUUGGCGCCGUUCAGCGUAUUGUGGAGCAUGCACAGGUGCGACUCGAGUGCCGCGCCGAUGCCAAUCCAAGCGAUGUCCGUUAUCGCUGGUACAUCAACGACGAGCCAAUUAUAGGCGGUCAAAAAACUGAGAUGGUCAUACGCAACGUGACGCGCAAAUUCCAUGAUGCCAUUGUCAAGUGCGAGGUACAAAAUUCAGUUGGCAAGAGCGAGGACAGCGAGACACUGGACAUAAGCUAUGCGCCCAGUUUCAAGCAGCGUCCCCAGUCCAUGGAAGCGGACGUUGGCAGCAUUGUCUCGCUCAACUGUGAGGUGGACAGCAAUCCGCAGCCGGAAAUCGUGUGGAUACAGCAUCCCAGCGACCGUGUCGUGGGCACCAGCUCCAAUCUGACCUUCAGCGUGAGCAACGAGACAGCCGGACGCUACUAUUGCAAGGCGAAUGUGCCGGGCUAUGCCGAGAUCUCUGCCGAUGCCUAUGUCUAUCUGAAGGGUUCGCCCAGCAUCAGUUCGCCGCGCUCCCAGUAUGGCCUGAUCGGGGAUACGGCACGCAUCGAGUGCUUUGCCAGCAGCGUGCCGCGCGCUCGUCACGUCUCCUGGACCUUCAACGGUCAUGAGAUUAGCUCUGAGUCCGGUCACGACUAUUCCAUACUGGUAGACGCAAUGCCCGGCGGCGUCAAGAGCACGCUGAUCAUACGCGACAGUCAGACCCAUCACUAUGGCAAAUACAACUGCACCGUGGUCAACGACUAUGGCAACGAUGUGGCCGAGAUUCAACUACAGCCCAAGAAUAUGGCUUUCCGAUGUCCCAUGUCCGAUGUCCGAGCGAGUCUUUUAGGCCUUUCAGUCCCACCUUGUUCCAUGACUAACGCUUGCCCACUUGUCUAUACUUGUCUCGCUGCAGAGAGCGUCUCCUUGCUGACGACCAUUGUGGUGGGCAUUUCGGCUGUGGCCGCGCUCAUGCUGCUCACCUUCAUCAUGAUCAUCUACUUCAAGUGCAAGAAACGCACUAAGCUGCCACCAGCCGACGUCAUCAGCGAGCAUCAGAUCACGAAGAAUGGCGGCGUCAGCUGCAAAAUGGAGCCUGGGGAUCGCACCUCCAAUUACAGCGACCUCAAGGUGGACAUAUCCGGCGGCUAUGUGCCCUAUGGCGACUACAGCACACACUACAGCCCACCGCCGCAGUAUUUGACCUCCUGCUCGACCAAGUCCAAUGGCAGCUCGACCAUACUACAGAACAACCAUCAGAACCAGCUGCAACUGCAGCAGCAGCAGCAACAUCAUCAUCACCAGCAGCAACAGCAGCAGCAGCAGCAUCACCAGCAGCAACAGCAGCAGCAACAGUCGGUGGUGCAGAGCGUGCCGAUGACUUUCCUGACCAACAGCAGCGGCGGCAGUCUGACGGGCAGCAUCAUUGGAGCACGUGAGAUACGCCAGGAGAACGGCCUGCCCAGUCUGCAGUCGACAACGGCUUCGGUGGUUAGCUCCUCGCCAAACGGCAGCUGCAGCAAUCAGAGCACAGCAACCACCACGCACGUGGUGGUGCCCAGUUCCAUGGCCCUGAGCGUUGAUCCGCGCUACAGCGCCAUCUAUGGCAAUCCCUAUUUGCGUACAUCGAACUCCUCGCUGCUGCCGCCUCCCACGGCGGUCUAAGCCGGUCCAAGGCGCUCCAAGCUAGCCCCUGCUGCGGCAGCUGCCCAAGCAACCACUCGCAAGACUGAUCUCAAGGGCAGCAGGCGCUGGGCACUGGGCGCUGGAGCAGACCAGGAAGGGUAAGUGUGAAGGAUCCUUCAAACGUUUUUAGCAACCAAAAAUUCGAAUUGUAGAAACUUAAGGAACUUAAGAAAUGAGCUCACAUGACGCGUCUGAUUAGGCAGCACAUAACUAGGCUAACGCUGGGCAGAUGCCAGCUAGUGGACUAUAUUAGACCUCUACAUAUGUAUAUGUAUAGCUACACUACACUACAGACAUACUUAGUAUUCUACUCUAACUUUAAAUAUAUAGAAAAAGAAAGCAUUCAACUCUUCUUCUUCUUCUUCUUCUGCCUAACUUAGACGAAUGAAUGUCAGAUACAAUUUCUAUCGCUAGUUGUAGG